ACUGGACCAUUCGUAACACAUCGAUCGAUCUCGGACGAUUACGGAAACGGCCGCUCCGAGCUCGACCUCGAAAAUCGCGUUGGAAAUCAGUUACCAACAUCACCAACAACUGAAACUUCACUGAUGGAAUUUAUUGGUAUAUAUCUCGCACGAACGCUACCAUCACGCAUCAUUAACAUUCCCCACUACUCGCUGAGUCGCUCGCAGCCAUCCCUCGAAUAUGGGAUCAUUUGAGACUAAGCUAUUCGACGGUGUCAUGGUGGUGUACGAUUGGGUACUAACACUUGGACAAGAGAUCGAAUUGAUCUGGAGGCGACGCUGGUCUCUCGUAACUGUGCUGUAUCUGAUUAUCCGUUAUGUUGGAAUACCAUAUUCUGUUGUUCAUGUUCUGCAGUAUAUUCGACUGGUCUCGCUAACAGAUGCAGUGAGUAUUCUGCAAUCAUUUGCUUCCUAUCCAAUGACUGCAUUCAUUUGUAGGGGUGGAUGUGAUUCUGACCAUUGAACUUGGCUCGACAUAAUGACUCAAUAGGUAUGAGUCGGAGUGUUUGAUCCUGCUACCAUGGUGAUCAAUAAUUGGGUGUUUAAGGC